GCUGCUCGAUUCCGUGCCGGCAGCAGCAGCAACAGCACCAGCCAGGGACUCCCAACCACCCGCCCCGCCGGUGCACAGCGACUUCGUCGUCAUACUGGCGGCCCUCCUCUGCGCCCUGAUCUGCGUCCUCGGCCUCGUCGCCCGCUGCGCCUGGAUUCUCAGCCUCUCCUCCUCCGGACUCGCCGCCGCGCCGAGGGGAGGCAGGGCUCCGCCGGCGGCCCCGAGCUCCUCGCACGCCAACAAGGGGGUGAAGAAGAAGAUCCUCCGCACCCUCCCCAAUUAGACCUUCUCUCCCGCCGACGACGCCGCGACGAAAUUCACCAAUUGCGCCAUCUGCCUCGUGGAAUUCACGGCCGGGGACGAGUUCCGGGUGCUCCCGCAGUGCGGCCAUGGCUUCCACGUGGACUGCAUCGACACUUGGCUCGGCUGCCAUUCGUCUAG